AUGGCGAAGGCAGGCGUCGUUUCCGUUUUGAUUCUUGCUGUCGUCCUCCUUGCCGUAAACGUUGAGGCUAAGGUUAAGACGGCAGCCAAGGAGGAGGUCACUCACAAGGUAUUCUUCGAAGUGGAGAUCAACGGUCAAAAAGCAGGCCGUAUUGUGAUUGGCCUUUUCGGCAACGCCGUCCCUAAAACUGUCGAGAACUUCCGCGCUCUUUGCACUGGUGAGAAGGGCAUUGGAAAGAGCGGAAAGCCCCUUCACUACAAGGGUUCCAAGUUCCACCGGAUCAUCCCUCAGUUCAUGCUGCAGGGCGGUGACUUUACUCUUGGGGAUGGCCGUGGUGGCGAGUCCAUCUACGGCGAGAAAUUCGCUGACGAGAACUUCAAGCUGAAGCACACUGGCCCUGGCAUUGUGAGCAUGGCCAAUGCUGGUCCCAACACCAACGGCUCCCAGUUCUUCAUUUGCACUGUCAAGACCAGCUGGUUGGAUGGUCGCCAUGUGGUGUUUGGCAAGGUGCUGGAGGGAAUGGACGUGGUGUACAAGGUGGAGGCCGAGGGCACACAGAGCGGCACCCCCAAGGCCACUGUCACCAUUGCUGACAGUGGUGAGCUGUCCAUGUGA